AUGAAAAAUCUAGUAGUGCAAUUCACAUAUACUGUAACACUGUUCCACUACGACGGCCACACGACGGAGUGGGACGAGGAGUUCCAGUGGUCCAAGGAGACCGUCCACUUCAGCGCCAGGAAGCAGACCAAAUGGUGGUUCGCCAAGAGGUUCCUUCACCCGAGCAUCAUGGCGCCGUACGAGUACGUGUUCCUGUGGGACGAGGACCUCGGCGUCGACAACUUCACCGCCGAAGCGUACAUCAACAUCGUGAAGAAGCACGGGCUGGAGAUCUCGCAGCCGGGGCUGGGCGCCACCAAGGGGCACAAGGCGUACGACGUCUCCGUCAAGAGAAACUCCGGUGACAUGCACAAGACUGCAGGGGGGAAGCAGUGCCCCGACGUGCACCAGCGGCCGUGCAGCGGGUUCGUGGAGGUGAUGGCGCCAGUCUUCUCCAGGGAUGCUUGGAGAUGCGUGUGGCAUAUGAUCCAGGACCCUGAAGAGCAAUUCGGCAUCGUUGACGCACAAUAUGUUGCCCAUCAUGGAGUGCCCACACUCAGAGAUCAGGGUAACGGAGAAAAGCAAGGAAGCAGGGCUAAGGUGAAAGACCGACAAUACGAGGAGAUGCACGCCUUUGACUCAAGAAUGGACAAUGCCGACAAGGACCUGGCCAACUCUACCGCUAGAUCAUCAUCCCAACCCUAA